AUGUCUGUUUCGACACCACCAGUUUCUACACCUGAGGCCUCAUCUUCAGCGGCAAUUCCACCACCAGCUGUGGCGGACCCUUCCAGCAGCUCCUCUACUAUCGAUCGCCUUGUUCUGGACUACCUGCGUACCAGAGGCCACAAGGCGGCAGAACAAGCUUUACUCGAAUCGCUAAAUACUAGCUCCCCUGAUGAUGGAAACAAGCCGGAAGCUAGUUCUUCGACAACAAUUACUCCCGAAGAGCUUGUGAAGCGACUCGCAGUCUAUGCGCAGAAACCAACUCGCCCGGGAGAAAAUGCAUUCAAGGAUACUGCCAGUGUUUUGCAAGAGCUGGCGGCCAUGAAUAACCCCAUUACUAUUCAGAGUCUCAUUGCCAGUCUGGGUCCCAUAGGUGCCGAGGAAAUCUUGUCGCUCGACCCUACCGACAAGCAGGAAGGGUUCAGAGAACUCGAAGCAUGGGUUGACGGAUCUCUCGACAUGUAUCGACCCGAGUUCCGACCAAUACUGUUCCCCAUCUUCUGCCACUUCUACCUUGACCUAAUACAAUAUGGAUUCAAAGAAGCUGCUCUCAGUUUCCUCUCUACGUUCUCACCAUCACUUUCGCCCAUCCAUGCUGCUACAUUGCACCAUUUGUCAACAUUACUCCUCCCAUCUCAUGUCCAAAACGAUGAGCUUGCACAACGGUUUCGGAAUGAGAAGUAUACCAUUCGCAUGAGCCGUUCCGGAUUCGGCUUACUUCUCGGAUGGCUAACGGAGGGAGUGGGUGGUGAAGCACCCGGCUUAGGUGAGGGGUUUACGGGAGAGAAGGGCAAGAGAGGGAGAGCUGCGGUCAUGCGAGUCGUGAACAAUCAUCUCAAAUUUGAUGUUACGUCGUCUACAACAAGCGCUGUUUCACCCACUGCAUGGGAGGAGUCCACUGGUCUCUUGUCCUCGAUUAUUCCUCGGGCGAAUGGGUCAACGCAAACCGACCCUCACACAUUCAACUCGUCCAAGGGAGAGCUCAAGCUCGGGCCAGCCCCGGUUUCAGAUGAACUCCGGUCGGAAGCUGAACGCGUGCUCAGGGAGCAGGCGAUGGUUGAUCGAGACCCUGGUGCCCAAUACGACCUCCACUAUGCUCGUCCGGUACCCAUCGCAGGGGUUGUUGCGCCUGCAAUUUCUGACUUGGCACCACAUCCUCCCUCGUUCAUGACUGUAGAUGUCAAGCGAGAGGUGGAGAAAGUGCGGGAUGCAAGAAAAAGGAUACGUCUGGAGCCCUCAGCACUAUCCAACGUGAACAUCAACACUCCGCAGGGUGCAGUGGCGAGAUCUCGCGCGUUGCCCAGUAUCUGCGCGUAUACCCUGCACGACGUUGGUGAAGGUGCUCCUUGCUGUACAUUCUCGCAAGACACAUCUCUGAUGGCUGCUGGGUUUGCCGAGAGUUAUAUCCGAUUAUGGAGCUUAAAAAGCGAGAAACUGAAAGGGUACAGGAGUGACUUCCAAUCGAAUACCGUACGGGACGCUGCCUCGCUGCGCAAGGCACGCGAGAAGGGCGGAUCCACUACGCGAAAGUUGAUAGGACACAGCGGACCCGUUUAUUCUGUAGCGUUUGAUCCUGUCGGAGGGUCCGCUACACCCCCAAGAUAUCUCCUUUCGUCGUCAGCCGAUGCUACAACACGAUUAUGGUCACUGGAUACGAUGACUAACGUUGUUGCGUAUCGCGGCCAUCAAAAUCCUGUAUGGGACGUGCAAUGGAGCCCAAUGGGAAUCUACUUUGCAACCGCCAGUCGCGACCGGACAGCACGGCUAUGGUCGACGGACAGGACGGCCGCUCUCAGGAUAUAUGCAGGGCAUCUGAGCGACGUUGACUGUGUACGAUUCCAUCCAAAUUCACUAUAUCUCGCAACAGGUUCGAGUGAUUGGACAGCUCGACUAUGGGAUGUCCAGAAAGGCUCCUGCGUUCGAGUCUUUGUCGGACACCAAGGAAUUGUAUCGACAUUAGCUUUCAGCCCAGACGGUCGGUACCUUGCGAGCGCAGGGGAGGAUCUUGCGAUCAAUGUUUGGGACCUUGGAUCGGGUCGACGGAUCAAGAAAAUGACCGGACACACGGCAUCUAUAUACUCGCUAGCAUUUAGCGCUGAAUCGUCGUUGCUCGUCAGUGGCGGCGCAGAUUGGACGGUGCGGUGUUGGGACGUGAAGAGUGCCGGAGGGUUACAGGGUAAGACGCGAGAAAACGGAGUCAACGGAUUUGGGGCGUCCGGCAUGGAAGUAAAUGGAGACCAGAAAGAAGAGGAGAGCAUCGAGACUACCGAUCUUCUCGCAACAUUCCCUACGAAACGAACACCGAUCAUCGACGUUCAUUUUACGCCCCGCAAUCUCUGUCUUGUUGCAGGUCCGUACCUAUCGCCUGAGCAACGAUAG